CCUCUAGUAACGGAGCACAAACAGUACGACGAACACACGUCGCGUUGGAAAACCGAAAACACAGUUUCACUGACAGCUCCGACAUCACCUGACAUUCACCGCCGUCCUCCAAACUACGGCGGGUUCGCGUAUUAGUGAAACACUUGGACGUGGAUACAUAUAACUAUUUAUAAAUGCAUAUUUCGUAGCGAUGUGUGUUCAGUGGUCGGUUGGGAGUUAGUGGAAAACGCGCGCGUUUCGCGUAUCGCUUGCAAACUUCACGUGCUCGCCAUGAACUCCGUCAAACUUGACUGUGCCAAAAACUAUCUCGUAAAGCACUUGUAAAUAUGAUAGUACUCCGUAAACUUGCUCUGAAUACCUUGUGAUGUUACUGUGAAUUGAAAUGGAAUUUAUUAGGAAAGACACCGCAAGUUAACACGAUGUAAAUCUUAACGUGUUUCAAUGUUUACCUCUUCAGUGUUGUGAAUAUAGAAUAAAUUAGUGUUUAAAACUUGAAAGAGAUGUAGCCGAGCAUCAGUGUGGACUUUUAGACUAUAGACGGAUAGGUGGAAAUGGUUGUGAUUAAAUAAACGUGAAGAAGAUCGAGUGCGUUCGUUUCUGUCAUGAAAAGACUUACAAAAAAAUCUGGUUGUUAAUUCUCCCGUAAGUUGUGAUUAAACGCUAGGAAAGCAAAUAUAUUUAUGUAUGUACGAAUAAAAUAGUGAAAAUUAAGUAUUUUAUGUACAUAUGUUGUACCUGUUGUAGUGUUUGCGUUUCUGUCCAUAACAAACGUUAAAAGAUUGUCGGUGUUGAGGGAUCCCGGAUAAUUUCCCAUGAGGUUGUGACUACAAUAAACAAAACUGGAACAAAAACUUGCAAGUUCCAUUGUUAUUGAGAUGUGAUCGUACAUCGUGCUUUGUAGUGAAAUACGGUGUAUGUACGUGGACUUAUUUUGUUCGCCAACUUCGAGACAUCGGCUCUAUUAAGGAUGUGUUGGUAGUCGGCUCCGCCCAUGCAUGAUGGCGGCUGUGAACUCGGUACUGAUGUCAAAACAUCCACAUCUAGUGCAGACAGCGCGGCUGCCACUGCCGACGUUCGCGCCGCGAGCCGUGGUCAUGUACAGCGCGUCAGUGGGCGGCGAGGGCUCAGUGGCGCUACAGUUGCGCGAGGCGGGCCCCGGCGACUCCGCCAGAUUCCACGACAACCGCCUCGCCAUCGCCUGCCAUGAACCCGAGCUCCUCGCAGACUUCCUAAACGCCAGUGAUAUCGAUGGCGAGCACGGUGGUCUGUCAGCACUGCUAGGGUCGUCGUCACCGGACCUGGCGCUCGCGUCCGACGCCUCCGAUAGUUUACCGCUACCGGACCAUGAUAACGAGUGCACAUCAUCAUCAUCGUCGCUGCUGAGCGGGGUGACGACGGUGUCGGUAGCGGUGACGGGGCUGGACGCACGGCCUCUCAGCAAGAAGGUGCGCCCCAAGCCCGCCUCGCCGAACCGACAGGGGCCUCAGCAGUGCCAAGUAUGCAACAAGAUCUUCGGCAAUGCGUCUGCGCUGGCGAAACACAAGCUCACGCACAGCGACGAGCGCAAGUACGUGUGCAUCACGUGCGCCAAGGCGUUCAAGAGGCAGGACCAUCUGAACGGGCACAUGCUGACACAUCGGAACAAGAAGCCGUAUGAGUGCAAGGCGGACGGCUGCGGCAAGUCCUACUGCGACGCUCGCUCGCUGCGGCGGCAUACUGAGAACCAUCACCAACCGCCCGCUGAUGCUAGUUCAUCAGGCACGCCAACCACCAGUGCGCCCACUAGUGCCGAGCGCGAAGUAACGACGAACGCGACCACGAGUGCGAACGCUCAGCGAGUCGCGUCGCCCAUCUCGCCGCCAGCCGCGCGCACGCAGCCCCCGCAUUCUGAUUCCAGCAACGGAUCGGACAAAUCGAACGCGACUUCAAGCAGCGCGACCAGUGACUCGAGCCCCCCCUGCACCCCGCCCGCACCCCCCACCCCGCCCGCGAGGCCCAAGCCCAAGACCAGUAGCAAGCCCAAGUCUUGUACGACGCAGCAAAGCAGUCAGAAAGUCGCGAGUGGUGCGAGUGCGAGCGGGGCGUCGAGCGGAGCGGGCAGCGGUGCCGCGGCCAGCAGCGCGCGACCUAGUGACGUCAAGCCGGUAGAAUGCAACCUCUGUCAUCGCAAGUUCAAAAAUAUACCCGCUCUAAAUGGCCACAUGAGGUUGCAUGGUGGAUACUUUAAAAAGGAUUCUGACAACAAGAAACUAGAUAAGAAGGAAUCUACGGGACCACCUUUACAAACUGCAUCGGUAUCUGUACGAGCGCUUAUAGAAGAGAAAAUCAUAAGCCGCCGAGGUGCCACUGUUGCUGCUACAUCAUCUACAGGUACAACUACAGACUCCGUAGCGUCACGCACAGGGUUCGUGGCACCAGCUCCACCGCCGUUGUCUAAUAUCCGAACGUCAACAGCAUCACCUGCGUCCCCGGCUGCCACGUCGACGCAAUUUGUCUCCCCCAGAGCGCCGCCUGUCGUCACUGUCGCUACUAAUGCAGUAACAAGCAUCUGCGCCGCGCAAAGAGAUUCAACCCUUAUUGAGUUGUUGAAAAAAGGGAAUACCAAGGCUGUCAAGCGAUCAGCAUCUGACCCCGGCCAAUCAUCGCCACAACAAGACUUCACAUUUCGGCCAGAACUGUUCGGAGUUUCCUUUAAUUCAGAUGAUGGUUACUUCUCGCCAGCACUAAACGAAGACACGUUUCAAUUUACUACAACACACGACCAUUUAGAGGAGCUUGCCUCACUGGAAGACUAUGCGAGUGUAGCAGCGGCAAUAAGAGAACGCUCCCCGGUUACUUUUCCUUCGAACAGACGACUCGCUGCAGUUCUUAAUUCACCAUUACCAGAAUCUCUCGCUGACUUUGGUGCUUGUCAUGGAGGUUCACCUGUUCCAUCGCCCGGAAUGGGUUAUACUGCAAAUUCACCCGGCUUGUCUUACUCUACUGGAGGCUCUCCGGGGUUGUCGUUUACAGCCGCAUCGCCAAGUAGCUACUCCAAUCACGCCGAACCGUCACCUGGAAUGGCUUACCCAACACCUCCAGCUUCUCACGACGCUCACUCGCCGGCUCAUACAGUACCUCGUGCAUCGUCGCCACUUUCAGCUGCCUUUUUCACUGCCACAAUGUCUAGUCAAGAAGAGGUGGAGGAAGCAUUGGAAGAAGUACUACCAGAGGAGUGUCGAUCUUUAGAUGCGUAUGCGCUAGAACCUUCACCAACACCACGCCGGAUCAUGCUUAACUCUGAAGAUCCACUUCUGUCAAGCAGUCCGCGUGACUUCUCACAUCAGCGGCCUUUUCGUCGGCACAGUCGUAUGGCGUCGUCAAACAUUUCACCGUUACAGCAAUGGCAGCACGACUCACUUCAAGUAUGUGUGGAAGGUCGCGAUUCAGUGCCGGCAGUAUUCUUGAGUCCAAGCAGUGUGCCUGCCUCCCCUCAGAGGCGCAAACGCCGAGCGUCACCGGCUGGUCCGUUCCGCUCGCGCAUGCGACGAACUUCAAGUCAUUACACGCCUCAGCCGAUACUGCCUCCAGAUCGGGAAGGGUCGGGACUACUCAUAGAGUGCACUGCAGGGAUAGCAGCAACACAAACCGAUGUUCUGGCUCAGCUGGAAGAACCGCGACAUCCUCAGAUCAACAUUGGUCGAGACUUCCAGGCAGACUUGCCAGCGCUGUGCACUGAUCGCAUAGAUCUGCAUCGAGUACCGGAACAGCUCUUAUGGGACCCUGGCAUCAAUGAUGCCCUAGAUGACAAUGAAGUGAGAAUGUUCAUGGAACUAGCCAUGUGUGCUGCGAUGCCCGUGGGCGGGCACACGCGGGAGUACGCUCUACAGACGUUGGGCGAAUGCGGCGGAGACAUCCGGGCGGCCACGCUGCGCCUCAUGUCGCGCCCCGCCGCGCCCGCGCAGCACGAGUCACGCUGGGCACCUGACGAAGUUGAAGCCUUCUUAGCGGGCUUAGGCCAUUACGAUAAGGACUUUUACCGAAUUUCACAACUGGUAAGAACAAAGGACUCGAAACAGUGUAUACAAUUCUACUACUUCUGGAAAAAACUCACGAAAGAUUACAAAACGCUGUACCUACGGAGCUGGACUAUGGACCAACAGGUUUCAUCACAAGGUUCUGUAGGGCAGUUUACCGCGCACUCGUCAGCUCCGUGCCCAUCGACCACGUCGUCCUUCGAUACCGAGGAGUUCCCCUGCAAGAUAUGCGGGAAAGUAUUUAACAAAGUAAAAAGUCGUAGCGCACACAUGAAGUCGCACCGGCCACUCGACGCCGAGCCAAAACGGCCAAAACUCGAAAAGCCUUAUGAAAAGGUCGAAAGAUCCGAUGACAGAUCCCACGCGACAGCUGAAUACCAAAAUAAACCGCCCGCUCAGUAACCGAGUCCUUGCUCCCACCCGCGCCACGGCACUAACGUCCCGCUACCCGCGCGCACUCGCGCCACUCUAAAUGCUGAACCCUCUAAGCAUUUAUUAUGAUUACUAAAUAGAUAUUAUAGAUUAAAUUAAAACUGACCUAGAAAGAGCGACGUAGUGUCUAGUGGCUAGAGAAGAAUUAGCUUCGGACAGAUACCUAUAUAAAAGUAAAAUUUGGAAUUUCUCGUAACGCUAAGCUUUGAGAGAGCGCAUAAAGAUAUUUUGUAUAACGAAAAUUGAUACAUAAAUAGGUAGCUCUUCGUAAAGUUUUUAUAUGACAGACUUCUAUGUGACUUGCAAGUGUGAUGUUGUAAAUAAUGAUAGAACAAGUAGUGCGCUGUACCGCCACGGUCCGUCGAGGCGCGAGCUCUAUUCGACAUGUUGAUCUUAUUAAGUAUUACAACUGUAUUGUACGUGUGAUAACAUAAAUCGUGUAGUAACUACACUACCUCGUUUCUAUUGAUUGUUUCGUUUGUCGCGAGCUCAGCUCGUUGUUACAUUUGCUUGUUUGCUCAUUACGUUGUUAAUUUUGUAGUUAUUCAUUGCUAUUUAUUUUUCUAGUCGUAUUAGACAAUUUUAUGUUGAAUGCACUAUGGAUUUCGGUCAUUGCUCUGUUGUAGUUAGUGUAAAGUUAAGACAACGGAAUCAACUCAGCGUCCGUAUCUACUAGUCACAUAUCGAUGUUAAUUGAACGCACUUAGACAAAAUAUUCACACGUUUACAUUUGUUCCGUGAGUUCGUGCGAUCAAGGGAAAACAAAACUGAUUGAUAUUUUUGAUUGAUCGUAACUAAACAAUGAAUUGAUAUCCGUCACUUAUUAGAUGUAAAUUAUAUUAUAAUAUUAAUGAACCAUAUUUCCACUUGAUUCCGAAAUGCUCACGGAAUUCUACAAAAUGGAGGGAUAAUAUUUUUUUACACAAAUAUUAUUGAAUGCUCAAAAUGUGCUAUAUUUUAUGUUGGUAAUAUUAUUAUCUAGUUCCUUGUUAAUCGUUCUGAAUAAGCCAUUAUUUAAUACUUGAAAAUGUAUAGUUAAUUUAUUUAAAUAUGAUCAUUUUUUUCUACAAAAAUGUCAUAUAAAUGUGUCUACGUGUACCUACGUGUUGUGAUAUACCUAUGUAUGUAUGGUUUAUUGUUUCAUCGUAUUCUGUCUAUUAGUUGAUGGUACAAAGCGGGCAAUAACCGUCGUUGCUCAAAUUUGUAUUAGCGGGUGUGUCACAGUAGCCUGGCACUCGGUACUCCGCUGCGCCCAAACUUAACAACUUGUUUCUCAAUAACAAAUACUUCGUGGUUGUGAUGUUUCUUAGUCUACUCUUUUAUUGUCUUCCGAUACUUCUAACGACUAAAUUAAUUUUGGGGCAGAAUUCCUCGUAAAAGACAUGUUAUGACGGUUAAUCUUGAAUUUUAUUUAAUCACUGUUAUUAACAAAUUCUUCUUUAGAUUAAAAUUUAACAAUAUCUAUGAAGAUGCGUGCGACGCGCCCAGUAUUACGAAAUUAGCUCGAUAUAUUCGAACUUUGUCACGUAGAGCUGCGUCUGCGGCAUAUCGCACUGGUUGACAACACUAAAUGUUAUGUCAGGUUUACAAGUACAUAUUAGUCGUAACUGCCGUUUAAAAAUAGCCUUAUUCGCCAAUUUAUAAAAAAAAAUACAUUUAUGCAAUAAAAGAUACUUGCCGGUGCGAUAUAGUGCAGAUGUUCAUCGUACAACGCAGAUAAAGAUGUAUUAUUUUUUUAAUAUCUACCGGAAAUAUAUUGAUUUUGUUUCCGCAAGUACCUGAUGAAAGUUCUGCUGAAAUAUGACACGAUAUAUAAUUUAAUCUGACGUGUCGCGGUACUAGUUGAUAAUAAUAUCUAAUGUUGUAACGCAUAAUAUUUGUAAAUCACUAACUUGUGUGAUUAUUUGGUUGUGUUAAUCUAUCUUAACAAUUUAGACGAAAUUUUCAAAUAGUUAAUUCUAUUCUUUGUAACUCGAUAUGCCAAUGAUCUGCCAAAUCGUUAGAUGUAACUGAUUUUACAUAGGUAUUUUACUAGAACAAGAUAGAAGUGACACAAAAUAAAAUUAAUAAACGCGUUUCGUUUAGAUUAAGGCAAGGCUUGUACUGAAACCCCGUAAGUGAAGGUUAAUUAGGUAACACAACAUCAUGUUUCAUAUAACUAAGAGACGAUGUGCCAUUUACGUUUUUGUAAGUACUUAAAUAAAAUAUUUCAAUUAUUUUAGACCGACACAUACGAACAGAUCGACACUUUGUCCUUCACCACAAGUGCACAUAUUUAUUUUCGUAAAUAGAGUAAAAAGUAAGUCAUACAAAAUUAUCUGAAUGUAAAUACUGAAUAUUUUUCCAAAAUAAACUUUACGGUACCGGAAAUAGUUCUACGUCGUAUUACAAUCUAUUGAAGACAAGUCCCUCCAGACAUAAUUUUUAACAAUACUCUUAGCCAUUAAGACUGAAAGGUACUCUCUAAAUUCACAUACCUACACUUGAUUAAUUUCGCGUAAAUGUAGAUAACUAUCCUUCCUUUCAUUAUGAAUUAACUGUUAGUAGUGUAAUCAUGGUGUCACUAACCCAUUCCAUGUGCCCAGUCAUACUAGUCAGGGUAUAGCUUUAUAAUGAUACCCUAAUUUAACCAAAUGUAUCCUCUAGCGAGAAUCGAUGUUAUGUAGAGCGCGCCGUAACGAGCGCACUUAGCGUACACUAGGAAAUGUCGCUGUAUUCUAAUAGAAAUAUGCACUCACAUGCUAAGUAUUAAAUUAACUUAAGAUUGACGAUUUAAACAAAAACUUAUUUCAACUUAAAUAUAGAAGUGCCUUACAAUUUUAAUUUUUAUACUAUUUUAUUAAUUUAUUUUCGUUCUAAUAUCUAAAAGCACUGGAAAUUGCAUUUAUUGAUCCACCGUCCGUUCUGCUAGGCCAGAACCGAUGUGCGGAUCGCACUGUCGUGUUUUGUUCUGUUGUUUUUGUUUCUUAAAAUAAAAUACUCUUAGAAAGUAAAAUUAGAGGUUUAACGAAACCAAAAAGACGUUAUUUUUUCAUGGUUUUCUUUUAAAAAAUUAGGGACGUCUUUAGUAUUUAAUAUCACGAAUUACAUCAACUACAUUAUCAGAAUAUUGUAAACAACAAUAACUAAAAGUCAAUUGUAUGAAGAGUCUAAUAAUGUGAAGAAAACGUUUUACCAAAUAAUGUAACAUAAUGAAUCAUCAAUGAAUACAGCGCUAAUUACGUAUAGGAAGUAAAUGUUUAUUGUAAUAAAACCAAUGUUCUGUUCGCUUGAAUGUUCUUGUAAUCCGAGUCUUGUUUCUACUCUGUAGUCCUGGCACAUAGUGUAAAUGUAAGUACUUCUGUAUUUGUGUCAACACAUAAAAUGUUACUAUAGUAUUAAUAUUUUGUAAGUCUAAAUGGAUAUUAUAUUCUUCUAAUUUUGUAUGAAGAGCGCGAGCGACGCGGCGGCCGCGGCUCUGCGCCCGCGCCUCGUGCGCGACGUACUUAAUACGUACUUACUUGUAAUAUAACUGUAGACGAUUAAUGUACACGUGCCAAAUGCACGAUAAUUGAUAUUACACUCUGUGUUGUGAUUUUGAAAAUUCUGUAAAUUACAAAAGUCUUUGAAAAUACUAUGGAAAAAAAUGUAGACACCUUUCUAGAUUAGCACAAUUCUUCGCGUAGACACAUUAGGCCAAAUUGAAUAAGCAUUUAGAUUAAACGACGUAGGUAAUCAUUGGAAGAUGUAAGUGUAUUGUAUGAAUAGAUUCAUUGUUAUAUUCGAUCAAUGUGAUGAUUCGUAAGAACAACGACUUAACUCGAGUCCUGUACCCUACCGUGCUGGGCGACUCUUCACAACUUCGCAUAUCCUUGAAACAAUAAGUAAUAAAAUUAAUCUCUAUUAUAUAUAUUGAUAAAUUUAUUAGGGUAACUAAUUUUUUAAGACAAUGACUACUACGUGAUCUUUUAGAUUGUCUUUAUUAAUAAAUAUAUGGUGAAGGUUU